AUGGCGAACCACACGCCAGUGAAGGUCUCUGUGGUCACUGAAACGGACGACACGCCGACACUGAAGAGAAAUGCUGAUCGAUCCGCCCGAAGGAAAAGCACUAGGAUGCUCAUAGAGAGGACUGUGCUAGGGAAUAUUAGUGAUAACGACAACGAGGAUGAGGAUAUCGCCCAGCAUAUAUAUAACUCCGAGGAAGAAGAUGAUUUAACCAGAGACUCCUUCGAAGCAGAAACAUCGGUGACGGUAGACGCUCCAUUGACGCCUUCGAAACGUGGAAGGGGACGGCCAAAAGGUUCGAAAAAUCGGGUGCGGUCACCAACACCACCCCUUAAUGGCCACGAGGUGGUAGAUGUCCAGUUCACUCCUUCAAAACGCGGAAGGGGGCGGCCAAAAGGUUCGAAAACCCGAGUACGGUCACCAACCCCGCCCCCUAAUGGCGAUGAAGUGGUAGACGCUCCGUUCACUCCUUCAAAACGUGGAAGGGGGCGGCCAAAGGGUUCGAAGACUCGAGUGCGGUCACAGACACCAACCCCUGGUGGCCAUGAGGUGGUAGACGUUCCGUUCACUCCUUCAAAACGUGGAAGAGGACGGCCAAAAGGAUCCAAAAAUAGGUUACGAUCACCAACCCCACCUCUUGAUGACCUUCCACCUCACGAGAAGUACUUUUUCCAGAACCGUGGAGGCCGCGCCAACACUUCAGAUAACAAUCUGUCUUCCCUAGCGCUCCUCGACCACGAGGAGUAUUUCAGCCUCGUUCGAAGUUUCACAGAUCCACAUGUGAAUGACCUGAACACAUUGCAAGAGUUACACGCUAAAUCAUUCAAUCAAUGGCAGUUUGAGCUGAGCCAGGACUUCAAUAUAUGUGUUUAUGGGUGGGGUUCGAAACGGUCACUCCUAAUGCGCUUCGCUGAUCACAUCUACAAAUCUCAAAUAAAUCAGAAGUCGGCAAAAAUUGUCGUUGUUAACGGUUAUGUCCAUACUCUUACCAUUCGGGAUGUUUUGAACACGAUUGCAAGUGCUGUAUCAGGGCCCGAUCAGAAACUUGGCUCACAACCGGCUGAAAUGCUUGAGUCUAUUAUUGCUUUACUCGAAGAGGAUAAAACUCAGGAUGUAACAGUUAUUGUUCACUCAAUUGACAGAAUGCCACUUCGUCGACCCGCCUCACAGGUUAUACUUUCACGUCUCAGUGCGCACCCACAGGUCCAUUUAGUGACUUCCGCGGACCAUCCAUCAUUCCCGCUCCUUUGGGAUAGUUCUCUCCGAUCAAGUUACAAUUUUGUAUUUCACAACUGCACAACCUUCCAACCAUAUAUCGCGGAAGUGGAUGUGGUGGAGGAAGUCCAUGAGCUUUUAGGAAGAAGUGGGCGAAGGGUUGGAGGGAAGGAGGGUGUAAGCUUUGUCUUGAAGAGUCUUCCUGAAAAUGCCAAGAACCUGUUUAGGGUCUUAAUAGGAGAGCAAUUGGCAGCAAUGGAUGAUAGCCACGCAGACGGACUCGGAGGGUUUGACGACGAUGAUGAUGAUGAAAAUGAGCAACGAAUAGGUUCUUCGAAAAGGACCGACCCGGGCGUCGAAUAUCAGGUUCUAUAUCAAAAGGCUGUUGAGGAAUUCAUUUGCAGCAACGAGAUGAACUUUAGGACUCUGCUGAAGGAAUUCCAUGACCAUCAAAUGAUUCAGAGCCGAAAGGAUGCCUUGGGAACGGAGAUGCUCUCAGUUCCAUUCCGAAAAGAAGAGCUAGAAACGAUUUUAGAAGAUAUUAUGUCUUGA